AUGUUCAAACAGUUGUGCAUUGCUGAAAAUUUUAAUCACCACACACUGCUGAUACGUACUGCUGUCAGGUGGCUGUCACGGAGAAAAACCUUGGAAAGGGUUUUCCUCCUUCGCAGUGAACUGGCAUCCUUCCUGCAUGAUCGGGGUCAUAAGAAUGCUAAUUGUUUUCGUGAUCCUCACUUUCUUGCUCGCCUUGCACUUCUGACGGAUGUUUUUGAGCACGUUAAUAAGCUCAACACUGAACUUCAAGGGAAAGGUAAAUGGGUGUGUGACCUUCAGUGUGCAGUAAAGGCUUUUGUCAGCAAGCUGACGAUACUACGAGAACAAGCUGAAGCCGACAGUUUCUCUCAUUUUCACCACUACUUGGAAUUUACAGCUACGAUGGAUGUGGAUUUUGACGAAACACUGGAUCUCACGGAAGAGAAACAGGAUCUCCUGGAAUAUUUGCAAAAUCUGACAGUGAAUUUCAGUGACAGAUUCCCAGAGUUACCGAAUGAGUCUUUUGACUUUGUUCAAUGA